CUCAGCCAUCCUCUAAACUGUGGCUGGCUGUGGGACACCCGGACUGGAGCCAGGGUGUGGAACAGGUAGCACUUCAGAUGCUCCGUGUCGGGUGACAGUUCUCGCCAUGUUGUCCAGCUGAAACUCCAGUUGCCCGUUUUCAGCUUUUAUCCAUUUCAGUUGUUAAGAGUUCAGACAGAGACUGUGUUACAUGAGGGUUCCAGCUUCCUGCUGAGAGGAAGGUGAAAGGCAGCAGGCUCCUGUGGAGGCGCACACCACAUCCCUGAGGUGGUUUGGACCUGACUUCCAGAGCUUCAGACCCAGAGUUCACUUCACUGCUGGCUCUGCAGGCUGUCCCCUCUGCCAGUGGUCCUGGAAGACGCACGGUGACUCAUGAUCUGUUCACCUUUCAUCAUAUAUAUACACAUAUCUGGACUCGUACACUCACUUUUGUUUGGUUAACUGUGUGAAUAAACUAGUUUCAUGGUAUCAGAAUGUUUGCCACAAGAAGCCACAUUUUUCACUGUGAAUGAAUGUGGUGUAUGACUGAAUCCAAUGAUGGAGCCACACAGACAUUUAAACACCAGAAUAUUGUUGAUUCUGCAUCAGUUUGACAACAGCACAAUAAAUCACCGUGGUGGCUAUAGUCAAGUCUUUAUAUCACCUGAGUUCAACUGAAGCUCUUUUAGUGUCUUGAGAAUAUUUCUAUAAAUAUCUGGGUCAGAGCGAUGGAAGAUAACGGUCCAUGAGAAUCAAACACUAGUUUGUGUAACAUCAAGAACCGAAUCAGAAAGAUGAGUCUGUGGAAAGAUGCUGAAUCACUCACACAUGCAUUGAAACAGUCGUGUUGGUCUGUACCCCUCAGCAGACCUGGAAUCAACCUGAAAGUGUGAGCACCAAGAGAGACUGAGCAGAUCAAAGGUCAAUGAAGUGCUGACAGAGAAGCAGGAGCGUAGCUGAGAAGCACCAGGAAGACUGGAGUGCCGCACGGUGGGGACGGACUCACCUUUAGUUCACCUGGUGGCCAAGUCAGUGGUUGGUGGAGAAGCUGUGCAUCGUGAAGUUAUUCAUCAUUACUCCUCUGUUAUUUCCCCAUCAGCAUGAAAAUGCGGUGCAACAGCCAGAGAAGAGUCAGUAGUGUGUUUGCUCCGCAGUGUUCCUGCCCGGGAAUCGUUUGACAGGAGGCCAGACAAUAGCAUUGACCUCUGCCAAACCACUGUUAUCAGAGGGAAACGAUGGCUACUAUACGAAAAUAGCGUUGAAGACGAUGCCCGGAGUCAAACAACGGUGUUUCAUGGAUGUGCUGCCAACCCUGGAGUAAAUGGACACACAUUACAUGCAACAUUGGCGGAUACUUUCACUGAAGUAGGACUCAGAGCUUCGUCUUUGUAUCUUGCCUUUAAACUGGAGUUUGAGCACAACGUGACGUAAUCAUCUAUUUAAACAUGUGUCCCGAAAGAAUCGCGGUGCCUCGGGACAGGGCCAUUGCGCCUGCGCGCGCAUGCGUUCACAGCUCGUGCAGAUUUCCCAGCUCGUGUAUCGACAAAACUGGGCACUUCCGGCAGGCGCCAUUUUCCAAAACGUCGAAGCUUUAUUGAGCGGACAAGGAUUGUUCACCAGGACGUUUAAAUAAAGGAACCGGGGAAAAAAAUAUUUUCAAGGAACAUGCUGGAGCUGCCCAACUACAGCAGCCUCCUCUUGCAGCAGCUGUGGGGCCUGAGGCAGCAGGGCCACUUCUGUGACUGCACCAUCAUGGUGGGAGAUGUUCCACACGCUGCACACAAGCUGGUGCUGGCUGCGUCCAGCCUGCUCUUCAGGUCCCUGCUCACAGACUCAGUCACCAUCAACAUCGACACGGACGUGGUCUCCUCGCAGGACUUUGCCUGUCUGCUGGAGCUGCUCUACACAGGGAGGCUGCCUGUGGGCAAGCACAACGCCAGCAGGUUGCUGGCUGCUGCAGACAGCCUGCAGAUGUUUCACCUGGCUGGGGCUUUCAGAAACAUCCUGUCAAGAGUGGUCGGCCAGCAGUCGGCCCAGCCCGAGGGGGGCCACCAGCCCGGACGCCCGCCCUGCAGAGAGCCGCUCAAGCCCGAACAGCUGGAGCAGAAGUGCGACCCCCAGCAUGAGCCGGCCUCCAAGAGAGCAUGUGUGAAGAGCCUGUCUGAGGGUCCCUCGACAGCCCAGACCUCUUGCCACUGGCCUCAGACCUCUGGGCUGAAAGAGGCUCUCAGCAACAUGGUGGACAUCGCAGAGCUGUUAAGCAAGGCAGCAGCCAGCAGCCUGGAGGGACCUGCCACUGAGGUGGUGACCCGGUGCUGCCAGGAGGCUGGGCCUGCUGCUGUUGUGGAGAUGCUGCUGAGCAGGGUGAGCGAGGGCCAGCUGAGCGAAGCCGACCUGCUGCGAGUGCUGCGUGGCCUCCAGAAGGAAGCCCCGCCCCGCCUGGCCGCCCUCCUGCCGGGGGCGGAGCCUGCAGCAGCAGUGGAGGAGCUGGACGGAGCCACAGGUGAGCCGCCGCAGCAGGAGGAGGAGGAGAAGGGGCGGGACCAGGACCGGGGGCCGGCUGGAGCAGACGACCAAACCAAGGAGAAGAGCGAGGAAGGGCCCAAAGCUGCUGCUCCAGAGGCGCCGACCUCUGCGGCCUACGCCUGCCGCUGGUGCAGGAAAGGCUUUGCCUUCAAGUGCCGGAUGCUGGCGCACGUGAAGCGCUGCACCAUGUCCCUGCAGCAGUGUCCCGACUGCGCCCAGACACUGGCCAGCACCGCGGCGCUGCGGCGCCACCGGGCGGAGGAGCACGGCCACCUGGCCCCGGUCAGGAAGAAGGUGGCCUGCGACCUGUGCGAGCGCAGCUUCGCCCACCCAUCAGGGCUGGUGUACCACAAACGCACGGAGCACUUCGAGGAGCGGCCCUUCGCCUGCCAGCUCUGCGGCUCCAAGUUUGGGGCCAACUCCUCCCUGAAGAACCACAUGCGGCUGCACACGGGCGAGAAGCCGUACCAGUGCAAGCAGUGCGCGGCACGCUUCAGCGUGGCGGCGGCGCUGGCCUACCACACCAAGAGGAAGCACAGCGAGGGGAAGAUGUACGAGUGCCAGUACUGCAAGGCGGCCUUUGCCCAGUCCAUCGAGCUGACGCGGCACGUGCGCACGCACACGGGCGACCGGCCCUACGUGUGUCGCCAAUGUGGCCGCGGCUACAGCCAGGCCAGCGGCCUCACGCUGCACCUGCACACGGCUCACGACGUGACGGAGCCACACGACUGCCCCAAGUGCCGCCUGACCUUCGCCUCGCUGCAGGAGAAGCAGGAGCACAUGGAGAAGCGCCACAUGAAGGAGAGCCACCAGUGCUCCGUGUGUCACAGGACCUUCUCUAGCGCCGCCCUGCUGGACAAGCACAAGCCCACUCACACUGGGAGCAAACCUUUCAGCUGCGACCUCUGCAACAGGUCCUACCAGCAACUGUCGGGCCUGUGGUACCACAACCGAACCAGCCACCCGGACGUCUUCGCCAGUCACACGCAGCAGCUCAAGGGCCUGACGCAGUGCGAUGUUUGCUUCAAGUUCUUCCCCAGCGCCGCCAGUGUGGCCCAGCACCGGGCCGCCGAGCACCAGGGGUCCAUGUGCCGCUGCGCGCUGUGUCCCGCUCUGCUGGCCGGUGAGGAGGCGCUGCAGGAGCACGUGAGCGCGCAGCACGGCGGCCAGGAGCUGCAGGAGCUGCAGGAGGAGCGCACCACAGCCGACGCUCCGGCAGCGCCACCGUCCGUGGAGGCGCCGCCUGAGCAGCAGCAGCAGCAGCUCUGCGUGACCGCCAGCCGAGGGAAGGAGGGCGGGGCCUCGGCUCAGGUGCUGGAGCUCAGUGUGUACGAGCUCAUGAACAACGCUGUGACUUUCAUCUGCGAGAGCACAUGACGGCGAGCGGCUGGAGACACCGCCCACGCUGCAGCGUGGGGCCCAGAAACCCAGAAACUGCUUGACGCACAGGAAGAACAGACAUGCCACUCACUGCCAUGGGUCUGGGAUGUACAGCAGAGGACGAGAACUCCAGGCGCUCCUGCGCUGCUUCUGCCUCACUGUCAUCGCUGGACGUGCAGCCGAGGAGCAUCGGUGAAGAGGCUCUCAGGUGCCUCUCGUCCUGCUGCUGCUGCUUCUCCUCCUCCUCCUCCUCGGUCGGACUCUCCGAGGCCCCUAGAGAGCGGCUGAAGACAUUCAGCAGUUACCUUCUCCACCAGCCACAGAUCAAGACCAACACCAUCACACCGUCUUUACACCACUUUCAUCUCCAAGGUCACGUCGGGUCAAAGCAUGACAAGUAUGCUCAACUAAAGCUCCACACGAGGCUUUAGAGAGGAGCCACAGCAGGGUUCGUACCCUGGUUACAGCCAAGCCCAACCAGAAGAGCAAGAGCUGCUGCCUGCAACACGCCAACAUGUGGCAUCAUGAAGGGGAGAGAGGGGAGGAGAAGAGGAAGCAGGAGGAGAAGAGCAGAGGAGAGGAGAGGAGAGGAGAGGAGAGGAGAAGAGGAGGAGAGGAGAGGAGAGGAGGAGGAGAAGGAGAAGAGGAAGGAGGAGAGGAAGGAGGAGGUAACCCAGCUCCAACCCCUGGACUCACCAGAAAGCCGGGAGGCUGGCCAGGGGUCUCCUGCAGGGCGGUGCUUCACACAGCUCUCUGUGAGUCUCUGGACUCGGGGAGCGUCCAGCACCGGAGCCGCCCUCUGCCAGCUGGGGCCCCUUCUCCCGGACCUUGGUCUUGAGUUCAGCCACCAGCUGGUCAAAGCUCUUGGUGCGGCCCACCACCUUCCGCCGCUGGUGGAUGGAGUGGAUCUGCACAAAGAGUGAGGAGCGGUGAGUGUGUGAUGACAUUCAGGCACUGGAGACCCUCUCCAGUGUCGGGAAGAGGAUGUUCUGAUCCCUCUGCUGCAAACCAAUGACAAGCAAGCAGGAGGUGAGGAAGCGAGGGGCUGGGACUCACGUUGCAGGUGAGGAGGCGAGUGCAGACCUUCUUCCUCUCGUGGUCCAGGACCCCGCAGUGCUUGUCCAAGUCACACUCCCGCUCUGAGAACAAGCAAGUCCACCUGGUGUCUUCAGAGUGACCCAGCUCAACACAGCUGUGAGAAGCUAGAAGACCCGACUCACUGGACGCCACUUUGUUGUAGGGGCGGGCGAGGCGCGGGCUGCAGACAGGCGAGGCCAGCGGCGACUCCUUCCUCUGAGCCGGCGUGGGGGGCGGGGCUUCGUGGGGCGGCGAGCUGACGGGAGGCUCCUGAGCUGCUGGAGCUUUGAAGGGCAGCGUGUCGGCGUGAGACGUCUUGUCCAGCAAGGGGUGUCUGCAGAGGAGAGGGGUGAGUCAGAGCGCGGCUCGGCACCACACACACACACGUGAGACGAGGCCUGACUCCAGGAGACGCCACACAGCUGAAGCCUCCUGACAGGAACAUGGAGGAACACACAACUGCACGUUGUGUGUGUGUGUGUGUGUGAGAAGCAUAGCAUCACGCAGACGCGGCCUCCUCACCGUGGUCCGUCCUUGGGGUUCUUCAGGUGCCGAUACUGUGACGGGGCGCUGGGGGAAGGUGGAGCCACCCAUGGAGGCCUCACUCCUUGUCCUCGCCCGUCCCAGGCUGGAGAGGGGGCGGCGUUUGUUCCCGGGGAGGGGGAGUGGCUUCUCUGAGCGCGAGGCUGCAGCUGGGCAGCGGGCGGCGCCGGAGAGCGCAGGCGUGGGUGGAGCUUGGCCAGCGGGCCGUGCCUGCGCUCGCAGUGCUUCUCAAAGGCCUGCGGCUUGACAACCUGGCCACAGUGGCCACACACCACCAGGUAGAAGUCGUCGUGGCCGGGGUGGAGGCCGAAAAUGGACAUGUCUGUGAGGAGAGAGACGCGUUUCAGACGUGGCUCCGUCCUGCGCGGCGUGGCGCGGCGCGGCGCUGAGGGGUCUGGCUGAUGCGGAGCCUGUCGAUGCACCCAGCAGCCUCACACUGAACUCACGGCUCCACCGUCGCACCUCUGAACGUAGUGUUAGUCCAGUAAACAAACAAGGCAGUAGCUAAGAUGUUGCCAACUUUCGGCUGUGUCAUGUCCCUCCAACAGAUGAGGGAUGCAGUGGUCAGUUAGCACUAACUUUCAAUCACUGUGUGUCGCGUGCUCCCCAAAAACAUGGAGGUACAAAGUCACAUGAGCAUCUAGAAUCUGAGCCUUCAUUGACUGAUGUUAUUAUUACCUGAUCAUUUUUGAACAACAGCAAAGACUGUUCAUGAAAGCACCUUUUUUGAAAUGGUGAGACUUUGAUUUCUUCUUUGGAGUUUCUAUAAAAUAUCUCACUUUUACUUUGUGAUAUUCAGACAUGGUUUGAUUAUUUCAUUCAGAAUAUUUUAUUCCAUUAUUCCAAUUUUCUCCACAGUUUGCAUCAAUUCCAUUUUUUUUCUAUUUUUCUUCAGUAAAUGUGAUGAACAUGACUUGCAGCUGCUUCUGCUGCUGGUUGGACUUUUCCAUGACAAACAAAUAUCUUUGUUGCGCUGGUCGUUUCACAAGGUUUUGCUUUGUUCACGUGUCAGUAGAUCCAAUCUGGUUAUUGAUCACAGAUGAGAUCAGGAGUCCUGAAUCAGGUCUAUUGAAGGGGCCCCGGGGCCCUUGGUUCAGGGAAAGGUUGAGCUCAGACAGGUUCAGAGCCCCUGGUCUACGGUUGUCAUUCACGCCGCGCCAGCGUGGUGUGCACGUGACGGACCAUGAUCAUGAUCCAAAUGAACCGAACUAUGACCACUCAGGAAAUAAACGGUGUUUUUAAGCGCAAUUCACCGCAGAUGCAGUUUGAUUUCACGGCCAACAGCAAGUACAUAGGACUUGACCUUGAACGUACCGUCUUUGCUCAGCGACAUGGCCUCCGCUGUCUUCUUGCCAUUCUUGCUACAGUCAUCAACAUCCGGGCCUGAAACACAGCGCCAUCCGUUGGUCAGUCACUGAGUCUCAGCAGCGCCGCUCGUGACAAAGCAGCAGAACAAGAGGAAUUCCACGCUGGUGUCAGGUCGGGCGCUCAAAUUCACGACCACGCGUCUGGCUUCUAGAGCGAGGCCUGCACGGGGCAAUGCAGCGGUGCGUUUCCUGAACCACAACUCGCUGGGCCUGUGAGAGAGCCAGAUCUCCCCUCAAGUCAGUCGCACGCAGGCAGUCGGCUGCCGCAGGUGUGGUCAUGUGACCUUCGGCAGGUCACAGGUGGUUACCCACGCGGCCUCUCGCCAUGAGUCGCCGUGCCUGCGUGACCCCGGGCUGUCGUCAUGGAAACGAUUUGAAGUCACUAAAUGUGUGCGGUGUGCAGCAAGCUUAUGGCAUGAUGAUGACGACGAAGAUGAUGUCCGAGCUGCGGUUUGCGAUGGAGCCAGUCGACACUGGAGGAAGACUCACGGCUGAUAUUAGCACCUUGGGUGUGGAACAAACAGGUGACGCACUGUCAACAAAGCUUCAGUGAGCCACGCUGCCACACGUCUCUCGGAUAACACCAGGAACAGAUCUGGUCCCAGAACAUGCCAGAGCCGUCUGAACUGUCCAGCGAGCGACUCACAGAGCAACAGUGUGGAGCGUCAGCUGCCAGACGACCUCAGCCUCACAACACCUGCUGAACAAGCAGCUCACACCAACAACCGUCACCACGGACACAACUCUGAGACCGUCUGGAUGAGGUCGUGUCAAGUGUGAAGACACAUGGAGCACAACCCUCAGAUAAAAGUGGCGCGGACACCACGGGGGCGAGGAGCGACGCCAAACACCCCCCACGACACAGAAGUGGUGACGAUGUUGGACACAGACUCCAGUGAAGCCAAGGACACGACACAUUUUGUCAGUUCUAUCAUGAAGAGACGGGUUCUUCUCUCUGCUCCUUUAGGAGAUGGGAGGCUUGUGGUGACAUGAGAGACAUGCAGAGGUGGAAUCAAGCGCAGAUGUCACGCCAGACUGGCGUUCCUCUCCACCGUCUGACGUCACCGAGGGAGACGCAUGUCGGU